AUGUACGCCUCUCUUCUUACUAUCGCCCUUGCCGCUUCGUCGGUUGCCGCUGCCCCUCUGCAGGCGCGCGACUAUGCCAACAAGAACGACAACCUCGAGGACUACGCCCAGUACCACACCCGCUGCCUCGCCUCUAGCUGCCCGGACAAGCACAACGACCAGACCGGCUUUUUCCAGGACUGCUGCCGUCCUCUGAAGAAGGGUGACCUUGAGUCCGUCGGCGGCGACGUCGAGAAGUGGUACAAGAACAACGGCAAGGACCGCUGCUGGCCCGGUGCCGAGGCCAUUGCCGCUGCCGAGGAGCGUGUCAAGAAGAACGACUCCAAGUCCAGCGCCGUUCCUUCGGCUUCCUCCGCCUCUGCCCCCGCUGCCACCUCCGACGCUGCUCAGCCCGGCGACAACGCUGGCGCCGAGUACUUUGACGCCGGCGCCUCGUCUUCCGCCGCUCCUUCGUCCACCUCGACUGAGGCCCCCAAGCCCUCCCCCACCGAGGAGGCCAAGAAGGAGGAGCCUAAGCAGGAGGAGAACAAGGGCAACCAGGGCGGCGGCGAGGUCCGCACCGGCAUUGCUACUCACUUCACUCCUUGGGACGGCACGGACAAGGCCAUGGGUGGUAGCGACAUGGACGACCCCCACUGCGGCAAGGACUACAAGUGGAGCAUGUACGGCGGUCUCCAGGGCAACUGGGUUGCUCUGGAGUCGUCUCUGUACAAGCAAGGUGGCCUCUCGUCCGAGGGCGUCAGCGGCUUCUGCGGCAAGACGGUCAGGAUCACCAACAAGAAGACCGGCGCCACUGUCGAUGCUUCCAUCCUUGACUCUUGCCCUUCGUGCCACAACCAAGGCGACAUUGACGUCUCGCCCAACGUUUUCAACCAGCUCCAGAACAUCGUCACGAUCCCCUUUGACAGCGACGACCAGCCCAGCAACGACCCCGGAGAGCUUGAGGUCGAGUGGCAGAUCCUCGGUUAA